AUGAUUAUGAAGUGCCUGAAGAAGCUGCUGCUGCUGCUGCUGCUGCUGGGUACUAUCCUGUUUGUCAUCACCCCACAGCAUGACCCCCUUCAAUUUGACUACAAGGCCACAAGGGGCACUGAGGACGCAGUGGCAUGCCUGCUGCACCUCCUCUUCUAUCACUUGAACUCCCCAGGUCACUUUGUCAUGAUCCUCUUUGUGUAAUUCAGCUCUGCUUGUAAUACCAUCCAAAACCAUGUGAUGAUCCACAAAGUACACCAGCUCAACACCCCCUAACAUCUGAUCCAUCUCAUCCAUACCUUUUUAGAUGAUAGUGGAUCACAAUCAACACAGGAGCACCACAGGGUUGUAUGCUAAACCAAAUUCCUCCACCAGUGUACGCCAAUGACUGCAUCAGCCCAUCACCCACUACUGAAAAGCUCAAAAACUCAGACGACACAGCCUUACAAGUUCUGCUCACAGAUAACAACUCGGCCUUGGAAGAAACUCAUAAUAAGUCCCCCCUUACCUUAGCAUCCCAUCCUCAUCAAUGA